GUGCCCAUAUUCCUCUUUCACAGAGGAGGAGAGCAGUUUUUCAAAAACCAGUUCCUCCGUUAGAAGAGGCCCUCAAACAAAUUCAGGAAUCCAACUUAAAACCAGAAGUAAACCUUCCCUCUUCCCACAGACCAAUAAUAAACUGGAGAUCCAUUCCUGCUUGUCCAGCUGUCUCCACACCUGAUCCCCACUUACCUGAUCAGCAGUCUCCUUUACGAGCCCCCCUGCUAUCCCAGCAUUCCCAAAUUCUUCCUAGCUAUCCCCCUGUUCCUCCCACCCGCCAGCCUCAGACCCUGCCUAUCUAUCCAUCUGUCCCCUCUACUCUCCCCAGAACCUUCCUACCAGCCCCAUUACUGUCCUCCCCAGUCAAAUAUCUUCCUCGUCCUCCAGCCCCAGUCACUCCCAGCUUUUCUAGCAGUUUCCCAUGUCUGCUAGCCCCAAUUCCUUCUGGCCCUCCUGACCGUUUACCCCACCCACCUCAAGAUCUGCCAGUCAUUCCUGAUUCUGACUCACACAGCAAGUUAUUUUACAAAACUUUCAGACCCAAACAUUUCCUUCCAGCACAGCAUUCUACCGCAACCACUCUAAUGCCUGCGCUUGUUCGUCGUUCCCUUCCAGCUCGACUGGUUGUUUCCCCAACCCCUUUGGAAGGUCUCCCUGUUUUGAAGCCUUCCUGUUUAUCCAAUCAUCCCCCUCAUCAACCAACUCCCACUCUUUCUUAUGUCACUCCAUUGCCUGAACAUCCUGCUAGCUUAGAUCCUUUUCAGUCAGUCCAGCAAUCUGUUCCACAAACCAAAACAUUGUCAAAUCUGCUCCAAGCCGUUGUAGACCAUCCGCCUACAUCAUUUCUCUCCCAUCCACCUCCCUGUCGUUCUCCAUCCUCUUCUUUGUCUUCAUCUCCUACUUCCAUAUCCCCUCGUUCGUCUUCUGUACGGUUUUCUUCCUCUUCAUCCAUUCUUUCCUCUUCUUCACCCUCCCCUUCUGCCUCUCCAUUCUUACCUCCUUCGACUAUUCCUCUUUUUUCCUCUCCUUUGGAUUCAUCACCCUCUCCAUAUUUGCCUCCCACAAAUUUAGAUUUUGCUUCUCCAGUUCCACCUGUUUCUUCUUCCUUUAUGGUUUCUUCUUCCUUUCCCCCCAUGCUUCACUCUUCCUCUUUUUCUACCUCCCCAUCUCCUUUUAUUCCUAUCCAUUCCUUCAGUCCUCCUCACUGGGGGAAGAAAGUAGAGAAGAGAAGAGAAGCAAGUGGAGUAGAGAAGAAAGAAAUAGAGAAGAAAAAGUUGAGAGACGACAACUUUAAAGAACUAUAGAUAAUACCUUACCUUCGUCAUUGUCAAAAAAUGAUCACAAGCAUCAGAAACAUCUCAUAUGCAAAAUCAAUUGUGAUAAAGAAAUGAAGGAAAACAGCAAGGCAAACUUGACUGCUAACAAAGAUGCAUUUCAGCUUAAACUGGAGGAAACUCAGAAACUCCUAGAAGAUCAUCAUCUAAGCAGUUUGCAAAAAUUUUGUGAUGAAGUUAAUCAGAUAACAAAUUCUGAAACCCUCUCAAGUAUAGACAGUCUUGAGGCUGGGGAAUAUGAAGAAAUAUAUUUAACUCUUAAUAAGGAGACUUCCACAUCAAUCCAGCAGCAGAAUUCUAUUUCUCUCAAAUUAGCAAAUCUGCAAUCAACUAAUCUAAGCUGCUUUGAUGAAGAUAAACUGUCAUUCUCUAAAACUCAACAUAUAAAUAAUUGGCUUAUAAAUGUAGAUGAUCCACAUACUCAGACUGUCACGCCUUUCUCAGAUAUUUUAAGUGAACCUAAUGCUCUGCCUUCAUGUGAAUGUUUAAAUAGUAAAGGACAAAAUCCAUCUCUUCUGAGUAGAACUGUGGAAAGAACCACAAAUACUGCUAAUAAUUCAGUAGCCUUUGUACAUAGUCCACCCAUAUAUGCACAAGAUAAAAAAAGCAAAAAGACCCCUGAAACUAGUACUGUGAGGAUAACUGACUCCUCUUCUGGAGCAUUCAAAAGGGAGAGACCACUGGUUACUGAGAGCCCAGCAUUUAAAUUCAGCAAAUCCUGGACCACUCCAGAUUCUCUAACCCAGGAAAUGGCUACAACGUCAGACGAAGAGAAAUAUUCUGAAUUAACUCAAGAAACUAGAACUACUUCAGCUCCUACUUCAUUUGUACCUGUGGCAACACCUUUAGUUUUGCCAUCUAGCACACAGUCAGCCAGGCCUUUACCAAAGAACAGUACACAUAUAAAAGAAAUUGACCCGGUGCAGUGUUCUGAUAAGUUAGGAGAAUUGAAAGACAUUAAAGAUGAAAAAGUAAAAUAUGUUCAUUGUAAUAAGGAAGAGUUGCCUUUAUUUUCAGAUGACUUUCAAGCCACCUGCAUACCUCACAACUCUGAUUCGAAAGAUAAGAACCAGAAAAUAGCUGAAACAUCAACAUCACCGUCUCAUGUAAUUUCUGAUUGUGACUCAGUCGAACAGCACAAGAAAAUGAAAUACAAUAUUCAUGAGAGAAAUGGCGUGAGGUUUCUCAAAAGUAUUUUAAAGAAAGAAUCUAAAUACGAACAUGAUUAUUUUAAGGCACUAGUUACAAACCAAGGCUUCAAGUUAGGAAAUCAAAAAGCAGCAGGUAUCAGAGAUAGUAUUGAAUUAACAAAAGAAAGAGGGAAAAGUGUAGAAAUACCAAAGACUAUGAAAAAACUGAGGUGGUUUGAUGAAACUGGAGAUAUGGGGAAAAAUGCUGAAGAUAAUCAUUCUUUGCAGAAUAGAGUAGGAAUAUUGCAACAGUGGUCUCAACCAUUCCACACUCAAACUAAAAGCGGUGCUGCUAGCAACAUGACAAGAAUUCCUGCUUGCGCUGUAAAUUCUGCUGAUAGAGAAAUGCCCAAGGAUGAUGUUCUCUCUGAAAAUGUCGCUGCUUUAGGAAGAUCUCGAAUAGACCAUGUGCCUUUGAACUGUUUUAUACCUUCAGAUUAUAAAAUUGCUAAGCAAGCCUGGCCAGCCUCAGAGAAAGAGGAGAGUAAAUCCCCUGUACAUAGUGGUGAUGCUAAAAGCCAGAAAGCGAAUCCACAAAGAGGCGGAGCCAAAGUAAUUAGAAGAACAAGAUCUGCUAAAGUCCAAUCAGGCUUUACAUAUACGAACAGAAAAGGCACUGUUGUUCGACCACAGUCUGCAAGGAAAGCCAACACAUUUUUACAAGCUCAGGGUAAAUUAAUUGUGCCUCAUCCUCCUCCUAAAUCUCCAUUAAAUGUUAAGAGUUGUAAAAAUACACAAGUAUCUCAGUAUCAAUCAGUAAGGCCUGAAAAUUCUCAAACCAUUAGUACAUACAACUGUUUUAAUUCAAAACAUGUGCUUUCAACAGAACGCAAGUUGAAUCAGUGGAAUCAAGAAAGUAGUCUUCCACUGUCACACGUCUGUUCUGACUUAGUCACUGUGAUGCCAUCUCUACCACAUUGUUCUUCUGAAUGCCAAACUUCAGCAAAGACAAAUCAUUCAAAUGGCACUCAAACGGUUGCCCAGCAAGAUGCGACGUUAUAUUGCUCCCAAAGAUGUCCGACAUAUGAAGAAAGCCAUCCCUCUGUGACUCUUAGAACUACUAAAGAAGAAUCUGUUCCCUUGUGGAAAAGACAUCAUAAUAUUCUGGGUCAAAAUGCAAAGGUUGCUGUUUCAGGCAGUACUUCUGAAUUUUUGAUGGCUGAAAACCUAGUGAAAGCUUCAGUGCCUGAGGAUGAAAUUCUAACUGUCCUGAACAGCAGGCAACUACAGAAACCAAACCCGGCUUUCAGUCAGAUCCAGCGAUUUGACAUCUGUGCACUAUCCGCUGAAGAACAGAAGAUCCUGCAGUCCCUUAAUCGUCUCAAUGAAAGGUUAUACUAUGUACAAGAAACCAUUUGCAAAAAUCCAUCCAUCAAAAGUACUUUACAAAUAAUACCACUCUUGAACAGCCAGCCAAGGACCAGUCUAUCUCCUGAUGUCGGAUCCAGCUCACAGCGAAAAUACUAAGGACGUGUAACAGUAACUGUUAAAUGGAAUCAUUAUUUUUGAGAAUCUCCUGUAAAUACAUUAUAUAUUUCUGCAUUUGUUAAUUAUUAAAACACUAUAACCAUAAAAUAGAAAUAAAUCAUAACAUGGGCAAUGGAGAUAAAUUGACCAGUUGACAUUUAUGCUACCAAUUAUACUUUAUUAUAUAUUUUAUUGAUAAGUACAUUUUUAACAAAUGGAAAUACUUCACUGUUUUUCAUGAGAAUGCUACUGGAAAUAAAUUCAUUAUAUUUAAAAAUAAAACAGAAGAUAUUUUGUUACUCAUAUUAUGUAUUAGCUAGUUGCGAAGCUUGCUUUUCUGAAGUUCCUAAUAAAUUCUACUAAAUUUUUGUACAGUGGUGUAGAAACUUUAUGACUGAUAAUAUCCCUCAUAAAUAGUAAUGCUUCUUGUUUAAGACUCCAAAGGAUCCCUGUACUUUGGGGAUGUUACCAAGGGGUCUUGUUCUCAAUUCUGCAUGUUCAGAAGUUAGCGUUAUCACUUUAUCUGGGGGUGGCUGGCCUCAAAGAACUGACUUCAUUACCAGCGCUCACAAGGUAAAUGGUAAAUACAAAAAAUAAACUGCAAUCCCAGCUGGUUUUCUUGAACUGCCUGAUUAGUUAUGUUCCUUUCCCAAUAAGAAUGUCUGCUGGGAAAAAAAGAUCAAUAUUUGAAGGUUGUUUUUUCAAAUAGAGAAACAAAACCAAAAGUUGAAUGAUCAUUAAAAAACAACUUGUCACAGAAUUCUGGUAGUUUUAUAUAUCCUUUCAUUUUCCAUCAAUUAUUUCUUUUUAUGCUCUAGAUCGCCACCCCUCAUUUGGACUAUUUCAGGAUGGAUUUCUUACCUCUGGUACCAAUAAGACUGCUAGAAUAGUAGCAUUUCUAAAGAGUGAGUGAAAUGGCCAGAGUGAAAGUCGUAUCAAUCCCAUCUUGAAAGUUUUUAGAGCUUCCCUUCCAGCUACUAAAGAAAAUUUACACCCCUUAGCAUGAAGCACGAGGCUCUUCAUAUUCUGAGGCCCCCUGCUUACCCACAUCAUCUCUGCCACCUCUCUCACCACACUGUGUAGCCCCCUGUAUCCACCCUGCUAUUUCAUGCCCCUCUGCCUGCUCAUACACUAUCCCCUUAGCUUGGAACGCCUUCUCUUUC